ACUUAAAUAAAUAAGCAGGAGAGCAUCAACCUCCCACGCUAGCUAACCGGUGACGGAUGGCAGCAUUGUAGAUGCGGCGGUGGAAGCUAUGCAUCUGAAAUCGCAUCAAAUUCUCUUUUCUCUAUCAUCUCUCAUGUAUUUCAAUUCUUCCAAUUCUUCAAAAACUGAGUCAGACCCAACAAAACUGCUCCUACGUUGUACCAAACAAACAACCUGAAACAAAAAAAAACCAACGACCACGACAAAACCUACAACAAUGCUCCACUUAAUCACACCGCCGGAAUCCUCCGAUUCGUUCCUCCCCGGUGGUCUGUUCCUCAACGGUCACACACUCCCCUCCUCCUUCACUUGCUACCUUCCUCCUCCUCCUUCUCCUUCUUCUUCUGAUCCUAUAAAAGUAUCAUGUGUUUGUUGGGAAAGAUGUUUGAGGGUGGAAGGUGGCGUAGGUGGCCGUGCGUUCUUGUCAUUGAGUUUGUCCUUAAACGGAACCGGUGGGGAUCAGAAGUAUGGAAAAGAAUCGGGUGAAAUUCUUGGACACCAUCAUAAGAAGGUGGAAGAUGUUGAUGAUGGUUUGAGUGAAGAGAAAGAGAAGGUUGAGAUCAAUGGAUCGGGUGCUGUCAACAUGACUAAACAUCUAUGGUCUGGUGCUUUUGCUGCCAUGGUUUCCAGGACUUUUGUUGCGCCUCUCGAGAGACUUAAGUUGGAGUACAUAGUUCGUGGGGAACAGAAGAAUCUUUUUGUGCUCAUUCAGGAAAUUGCGACUUCUCAAGGGUUGAAAGGCUUUUGGAAAGGGAACUUUGUGAAUAUUCUGCGUACAGCGCCUUUUAAGGCUAUAAAUUUUUAUGCCUAUGAUACUUACAGAAACAAGUUGACAAGGAUGUUGGGGAAUGAAGAAUCUACUAACUUAGAGAGAUUUGUUGCUGGUGCUGCUUCUGGGAUAACAGCUACAUUGCUCUGCUUGCCCAUGGACACUAUCAGGACGGUAAUGGUAGCACCUGGUGGUGAAGCCUUAGGAGGUGUGAUUGGUGCCUUCCGCCACAUGAUAAGAACAGAGGGCUUCUUUUCUCUUUACAAGGGUUUAGUACCCUCCAUUAUCAGUAUGGCACCUUCAGGUGCUGUCUACUAUGGUGUUUAUGAUAUCUUAAAGUCAGCAUAUCUGCAAUCACCUGAAGGAAGGAAAAGAAUCCAACGCAUGAAAGAAGAGGCCCAAGACUUGAAUGCACUGGAACAAUUGGAAUUGGGUCCUAUCAGAACUCUAUUAUAUGGUGCUAUUGCUGGUUGCUGUUCUGAAGCUGCUACUUACCCCUUUGAAGUUGUAAGGAGACAGCUUCAAUUGCAAGUACGAGCAACAAGGUUAAAUGCACUGGCAACUUGUGUCAAGAUUGUUGAGCAAGGAGGUGUUCCCGCCCUCUAUGCAGGACUAACUCCUAGUUUAUUGCAGGUGUUACCAUCAGCUGCUAUUAGUUAUUUUGUUUACGAGUUCAUGAAGGUAGUUCUCAAAGUAGAGUCAACAUAGAUGAUAAGGCCAGCGAUACUAAAGCUAGAAAUAAAUUUGAUCUUUGAAAAAAUGGGAAUUUUCUGCUUAUUUUCUUAGUCUGUCACCCCUGUUUUUGCUGGGUGUUGGAAUGUUGCUGGAUGUAAGAAGAAUCAAGGGUGUCUCGUAGAACUAAUUAGUUA